AUGGACACGAAGGGCACCGCUAAAAAGAAAGAUAACGACGACUUCCCACUGGAGUUCCCUAUCGAAGUACCCGAAGACCCUCUCCGCGCACCCCUUCCAGAACCUAUCGGCAAGAUUCGCGUCGGUGACCAUCACUACGAUAUGCUCGAAAUCAUCUUCUCCAGCCAGGGUCUUGUUGGUCGUGGUACCGUUUGUUACCUAGCCAGGAAAGACAACGAGGAAUUCAUCAUAAAGGACCACUGGGUCCUGGGGGGAGAGAAGGAGGCCAUGAACGAAGUCAACAUGAUGAGGAAGAUGAAUGGAGUCCGAGGGGUUCCUAAGCUCGUCGAGCAUUGGAUCGUCGAGUCCAGGAACAAAAUCGACCAAACUGCAAACUACCGCCGCGCGCGAGACCUUUGCAUCAAUUUUCGCACGAGGCUAGAGUUGCUUAGUUCAAUACGCGAUAUCGUGAAGAUUCAGAAGGAUGCAGUGGAAGAGCGCAAUAUUCUCCACCGCGACUGUAGUCUGAACAAUGCGAUGAUCGAGGACGACGGGAAAGACACACACGGGAUGCUGAUAGACUGGGAGUUCGCCGUGAGUAUUUUGAAGAAGGGGAACUAUGCUGUCGGGGGCACGGGCACAUUACCGUUCAUGUCUCGAGCGCUUCUCUUGCAGCUCCACCUCUGUGAUCCAGAUGGAGCGGAUGAACGCAAAAAGGCCUCUGAUUCGAAACCGAACCCUGCCCCCCUGAUCAAGCAUACCUACCACGAUGACCUUGAGUCGAUGUUCUACAUCUUCAUCUGGAUCUGUAUCGAAUUCAGAGGUCCGCUUGGCAUGAAACGUAUUCUCAAGCAAGGUCCCGACUGGAUACCGGGCCAAUGGUCCGCGGACAAGUUCAAAUUGUGCUGUGAUGCCAAAACAACAUUCUUCUGGCACACGGAGCACUACGUCAAGGAACUUACCGAGCAGUUCCAUCCAUACUUCAAAAAACUCCUCCCUGUCGCGCUGGAAUGGUAUCAUCUGAUGAGAGAACCGAGUAGGGUAACUUUCAACGACAUAAUCGGGAUGUUGGAGAGACAUAUCACGAUUCUUCCGAUCGAUGAGCCAUCGCCUGAGCUCCUCGUCUCACAGUGGUUACUCAAAGGGCUUAAUGCAGAAGGCUCUGGGAGCGGUGGCGAAGAAGGGGAGUCACAAUCACCCAUACGCGAGACUGCAGUGCCCCGGACACGCCUUAACAACAAGCGACUUGGAGUCACUGAUUACCGAUGGACCAUGGAAAUGGCACCCAAGGCAAAAGGAGUAAGACUGGAUAGGGGUGUUUAG